UUUGUUUGUUUGUUUCGGCAGGAGCUAAUAUGAAAGAGCUGAAAGUGAUCCAGCCUGACAAAUCAGUUUCUGUUGAUGCUGGAGGAUCAGUCACUCUGAAUUGCACGGUGACAUCUCUCAUCCCUGUGGGGCCCAUUAGGUGGUUCAGGGGUGUAGAACACAGCAGACAUGUGAUAUAUGAUUUCGUUGGAGAUCAUUUCCCUAGGGUAACAAAUGCUUCAGAUGCUUCAAAGAGAAAAAACCUGUACUUUUCCAUCCACAUCAGUAACGUCACACCUGCUGAUGCAGGUACCUUCUACUGUGUGAAGUUCCAGAAAGAAACAGUAGAGCCUGACAUUGAGAUUCAGUCUGGAGGUGGCACUGAGUUGUUAGUAUUUGAACUGAAGACAUCAGCCAUUGUUAAAAUCCUUGCAGCUGCGCUCCUUGGAUACAAACUAUUGCUGGUAAUUGCUGUCACUCUCAUUUCCAGGCACAGAUGCAAAAUGCCUGAAUGUAAGUUAGGGGGGAUAAAGAUAUAUAAGUUAAAUAUCUGUUACUGUGACAAAUAUCCAUGA